AUGGCCGAUGAGCUGGGCGACGGUGGCGACAGUAUCGGAGGCAGCAGUAAAUGCAACAAGGACGAGAACAAUAUCACGGACGCAACAGGUUCAGAAAGGCACCAUCAGCAUUACCGUACAAGACCCGGGGUGCCGCAAUCUGUGGUACGACUGAAGGAAAAAGGCAAGAAACUCGCUUCAGCCCAUAUCCAUCGUGAGCUCACCGUAAACGGAUGCUCGGACAGUCUUCAGCAGCUUCUCGAUGAUCUGCUUGCGCCCGAACGACCCAUUUCGAAUAGUGAUAGUAUCGAAUGGUGCCGUUGGUUGGUAGCCGGCGGUCGUACUCCUGCUGAAUUUGCGGCAAUAGUGCGAGCAUACGAUAAUCAUGCAAAAUGUGGGUUGGUCUGGAUACCACACGUGGUAGCAUACCGUUGUCGGACGUGCGGCAUUUCACCGUGCAUGUCGAUCUGUCGUGAUUGCUUCAAGAGAGGUAACCACCAGAACCACGAUUUUAAUAUGUUCUUAUCGCAGGCGGGCGGCGCCUGCGACUGUGGCGACACGUCCGUUAUGAAACCAGAGGGUUUCUGCAGUGAUCACGGCUUGAACAGUUGCCCUUCGAGUACCCCAGUUCCCGACGAUUUGUUGCUGCUAGCGGAGGCGAUGAUGCCGCGCUUAAUACUCCGCAUGCUUCUACACUUCCGAGAAUUCAGUGCUAUUAAUCACGAUUCGGCUGGCUGUCGCCGGACAGCUGAAUAUUGCAAUGACUACUGCGCCAUGUUGAUGGAGUUUAACAACAUGGGUGAGCUGAUGAGACGCGUGAUGACCCGCACACUCAUAGACCGGAAAGUGUAUCGAGGGUUGUUCGAGCAGCCCUAUCCCGUCAACUGUUACGGAAACUAUCUGCGUAACAGCCGGCGAUUAUACGAGGAUGCGCUCCAUCAAUUUCCAUCGCCGGAACCUCCGCCAGAGUAUGCGUAUCUGCCCGCGCUUGGACGCACCAUCGUGCACGGUACAUUGCUGGAGGAGUUCAUCUUCUGGACGUUUAAAUAUGAAUUUCAGCAGCAGAUCGUGUGCUUUCUGCUGAAUAUGCUGCCUGACCAAGAUUAUAAAGAGCAUCUGACGCGCACUUUCGUUAUGCACUAUUGUCGCAUUCCAAGCGUGCUUGAACUGUCUAAUGACCCCGAUACACUAAGUAACAGGGUAGUGCAUAUGAGCGUCCAGCUUUUUUCCAACGAAAGUCUCGCGUUGAAGAUGGUUGAAGAACUAUCCUUGCUGCACGUCAUGAUCAUUAGCCUACGGCAGAUGAUGGCGAAAAUUUUGACCCCGCAUUUGCUUCACAAUCCUGAGCGAAACUUUCACUAUGUGGUUGAUUGCGCCGAGCGAGUGAUGAAAGAACACUGCUACUGGCCGCUUGUGUCGGACUUCAACAACGUCCUAUCGCAUGAGUCGGUUGCGCUCGUUUUCCUGCAGAACGACGCACUCAUCGACAUGUGGUUCCAGUUCCUAUCGAUGUUGCAAGGAAUGAAUGUAAACCUUCGCGAGAUCAUAAGCCAUGUAGAAUAUGAGUCUAGUUCCUACUAUGCGGCGUUCAGCUGCGAGCUAGAGGCGAGUGCCUAUCCCAUGUGGUCCGUUAUCUCGCACUUGCAAGAUCCGUCACACGCGCCCCUCGCCAAAAACAUCAUGAUGUAUUGCGUUAACUAUUUGAACGAGUGGCUCGAGGCGGUCAACUUCUAUCAGCAUCCUAAAUUCGAGAAGGAUGACAUGUUUCGUGCAUCAUUUCACUUCCCAUUGCACCGCUAUCUGGCCGCCUUCGUUUGUCAGGGUGUGAAAACGAUGGGCAUGUCACUCAAAGACAUUUUGCCUAGCGCUGAUUUGUUACCGAUGCUAAUGAUGCACCCCCUCCGCGUGCAGAGCCUUUUCUAUGAGAUUCUGUCUGGUGUGUGGGUGCGGAACGGCCUGCAAAUCAAAGGCCAGGCGAUGACGUACAUACAGGCAAAUUUCUGCAACUCGAUGGUCGACAUGGACUUGUUCUUCCUGCAAAUUUGCGCCACCCAGUUGCCUCCGAACCUGUUUGUCAGAGAGUGCAUCACAAUGUUCGGAAUUGAAGACUGGAUCGGCAUGAGUCUUCUAAGCACACCACCCGAAAUGGAGCAGGACUCUAUGCUCGAGGGGUUACUAACAUUUUUCGCCACGCUCAUUACGUCGCGCGUCAACCUCGGUAAUGAUGAAACGACGCAGUGCAUCAUAGAAAUCGGAGCGCUUCUCGCGACUGGUGACAAGACUCACAGCCAGCUGUUGGAGCUGAUGCCUGAACGCAGUGGCAACGCGCACGCCCGCAACUUUGAACGUUAUCUGAAGCAGUUGUCGAUUUACCGACCACCGCCGGUCGGUUCUGAAAAUCUUGAACAGGGCUUGUUCAUGCCGGUGCCGGAGGUCUGGGAGCGGUACUACGAUCCACUACAUGUACUGCUACGGGCCGUCCACCGGCGUGACUUUCAGAACUCACUGGAUCGAUUCGGAGCGUACGUAAAGCAGACUGGAAAGAUGCCGGCAAGUGGUAAUCUUUGGCCUCCCUUUCGUUUGCCAAGUCCAUGCGGGCCUGCCUACAGCGAUCCAGGGGUAGUACUUUGUUCGCGAAUUUUUCACGCCACCAUUCUAGCUAUUUUCUACCGAGCAGUCCACACACACAACGUAUCAGAGCACAUGCUCGCUCUUGCUGUGUUUUUACUCGAAAUGGCCGUCAGCAAAGCAGGGGCAGUUGGAGGCGAUGCGACCACUAGCCGAUCGACGGUCGGUGAUGCGACAUAUGUGAGUGGCGGAUGCACAAUUGGUGAUGGCAGCAACAGCACGCACGAUGGCAGCAACAGCGUUUUACCAGGUGAUACUGGUAGAGCUACUAGUAGCUAUAUUGCUGGGUCUACUUACGCCGGUCCAGUGCCGAAUCUGCUCAGCUGCUAUCCAAGCAAUUGCCUAAGUGACAACCUCAAAAUGACAGUCAAUCGCAUAUCACUACUGCCCUUCAUUAGGCGCUCGCCUGUUUCCUAUCACAAGCCAAGCGACACUGGAUCACCUGCAUUCGAUAGCGACGUUGAAUGGGAUCUAUCAGAAGACGAGACACUUAUGAUGAUCGGGAGUAUUACAGAUGCUAUGUCCACUUACCCUAGCGUGCAAACUGAUGCUAGUUCUAGAGAGCAUCGACAGUCAACGAUGGUUGAGUCGGGCAGUCAUUUUGGGCGGCCUGACGAAGUUGGCCCUAGCGACACCAUAGAAGAAUACCGCACAAUGAUUAGUACGAGUACACUGGUGCCGUCCCGAGAAAUCGGAAGCGUCGACGAAGUUCAGUGUACACGGGAUCUAACGAUGACUGAUAAUAGAUUGGUAAUUCCAGUGCGCCAUACCUUUGUGUCCUCUACCAGUUCCCAUAUGCUCGUCGAAGAAGAUGACAAUGACGAAGAUGGUAAUGAAGUGGAGGUAGACGAAAAUGAGCAAGGGAUGGCAAGAAACGCAGGGAGUAGUAGGCCAAACUUAUCUACGGAUCAGCACGAGAGACGAAGAAUGCCGGGGCGUCGUGACGAUGAUUUGAUAGGGAAAGAGAACAUGCUUUACCACGUAAUAGACGAGGAUGGCGAUGCAAUGGACGAUGAUGUUCGUCUCGAACGUCCUGGCGCACGAGAGCUAACGAUUGGCGAUGAUAUCGCGGACGAUGUCGGCAAUGACGAUCGCUACAACCACCAUACGGACAACGGUGUUGAAGAAGACGUGGAGGAAGCGGCUACUAACGCGCCCAUUGUUUCUAUUGCUUCUCAAGGGACAUUGGUAAGGGGUACCACUUCGUACACUAACAACAAUACUAGUCGCGCCGACAGCAAUAGCCACAUCAACAACAACCGUCAUUACACAAUCCAAAGUCAUCUUCGACAGCAGCAGCAUCUUCGGAACCAUCAUCACCAUCUCCACCAUCGUCGAGCGCCUUUGCAACCCACUCCGCACCACCAGGCAGAUAGUGAAGAUGGUGGAGUUGGUACCAGUCCUAUGGUUGGAACGCUCAUUCAAUCGAAUCCUGCUCAAGUCAGUCAGUUUAACGUGGGGGAGGAGGGAACGACUCGCAUGGAGUUGGUGAUAAGGCAUGAGCUCGUUCCGACAACUUCAAAUGCCGUUGGGGAUAGUGGUGAUAGCGGCCACGGAGUAACCAGGAUCGGGCAAGAGAUAGCAUAUCCUCGAUCUCGCAACUCCCCGAAUGUUUUCGGUUCAGUUAGCGAAAGGUUACAGACUGUAGCGACGGGCAGCGACAGUAGCAGUAAUGGUGGGGAUGGCAUACUUCUUCCAUUUAAUCGUGUCCAACCUGUCACGGUAACUAGUAGAAUUGAAGUAGGAGCAAUCAUGAGCUCAACAGGUAUGGCUGGUGCUAAUAGUGAUGAGGUAGUAACUGAUAGUAGAAGACCGCUUGCUACUGCUCCUGGCAGCUCGAUCAUGGUUGGACCAACAGCACCAGCACCGCCGCAGAAUCUAUUGCAGAACUACUAUCCAUCUGCACCAAUGACCGCGGCAACGAUCUCGUCAACGACAGCGGUGACUCCAACCGAUCGUCACCAGCAUCAUUAUUAUCAUCAUAUGCAUCAUCAUCACCGACUGUAUCAUACAAUUACCAACCACCAUCACGCAGCCGGUUCUCGGAGUCAACAGCCACCCCUUCAACAGCCACAGCAGAGCCCGGAAUCGCUACAACAACAGACACCUCGACAUUACAGUCACCACCCCAUCAGUGAAUCGCAUGGUGCCUCUGCAACCGUUUCUGGGGACGUUGGCGGUACAAGUGGAAUUGCGGAACCAGGAAAUUUAAGAAGGCAUCCGCAGCACUGGAUGCGCUUUAAACCACGUAGUCUAAAUCGUGGUAGAUCAGACAUCGGGUCGGAGAUGACCCCGAGUGAUGGUGAUAUACUAGACGCAAAUUGUCCCAACGAUAACGAUACUGUGUUGAUGGAGGAAUCGAUCAUCUCACUGCUGCUGAAGCUACACUCCCAGUUGAGUGGAGCGCUUGACAGCUUCUCGCUCGACGAUGAAACAGAGAAGAAAAAUGACCUGGGCGAUCAGCAACAGCAGCCACAAACAGCGGCAUCCGUGGCGACGAUUAGUAAUAUUAAUAGCAGUAGUAGCGGUGAUAGUCAAGCAAUGGAAUUAGAUGAAGACGAACCUUCGUCUGGGAUUGUAGAUUCCGAUGAAGCUAGUAAUGAUGAUACUGGGGACGUAAAAACUAGCCAUCAGCAGCAGCGAAUGGACCAUAGUGAGAUGGGUAGCUCUAGUGAGCGAACAUCAACUCCGUGUCGUGAGGGUGGUUGGCGCGGUAGUGUCUAUGAGUCACGUAUCGGUGACGGGCCGUUUUUCAUUGGAAGUCUAUUACGAAAAAUCGCUGCACUUGAUGCAAGCUGUGCAGCGCGUAUCGACGAGGUUCGGAGGGAGCUGUGGCCAAACCAAAGAGAGCGUCAAGCAGAGCAAAAAGCACGCGAGGCUAGGGAGAAAGAGGAAAGAACAAAGAGAGCGAAAGAGCGACAGAAGAAAAUGAUGGAAGAGUUUGCUAAUCGUCAAAAGCGUUUCAUGUUGUUGGCAAUGACAUCGAUGGGAGGCGAUCCCUCAAGCAUGGAUUGCUUUGAAGACGAGGAGGACGAGGAUGUGGAUGAGGUGGAAGCGGCGGAGGCCGAGUUACAGCGACAAGCUCAACUGCUGCGCGAAAAGGAGUACGACUGCAUAAUCUGUAACACGUCCGGUCCGAGCACGGAGUCGAAUCCGAUCGGACUAGUGGUACUGGUGGAGACAACCAGCGUAGUGGGGCACCGGCGGAACACGAACGAGCGCUUUGUUCUGCCACUCUGCUCGGAAGAUAGUGUUAAGCUUCAGCGAAAUGUCACUUUGGCAGGCGAGUUUAGUAAGCGUGUCGAUUUGCUGCAGUGGAAGUUCGGUCAAACGUCAUGGUUUUUGUCACACAAUGUCGGUUGGGAGGGCGGUGUAUACAUUCAAUCGUGCGGUCACCAUGUGCACCUGUCGUGUCAAGACUCGUACCUAAAAUCGCUGCACACACCACGUAGUCCUAACAACUUGAACGUAGAACUGGGCGAAUUCUUCUGUCCAGUGUGUCGCCAACUUGCAAACUCUGUUUUACCUCUCAGUCCGGCCUUGGACCGACCGGCCACACUGAUCCGUACACCGACACCAACGCACACGACGCUCGUGCUUGAUUUAAUCCGUCUAUUUCAGGAAAACAAGCGCGCAACGAUUGCUAGCAAGUUUUGUGAGGCGAUGGGUCGGGCUAUGGGCAAUAUCACCGCCUGUACGCAACGCAAUAUUAAGAAGUUUCCGGUCACACGGCACAGCUUGUUCUCUUUCGUCGUCUCUAUCGCUCGUACUAACCUUGAAGCUGAAAUCAUCCAGCGAGGCGGUUCUCUUUGCAGCAAGGAAAACAUUAGGUUCAAACCCAAACGUGACUGUAUAGUACCAUUGCUACAUGUCUUGUCGCUGCACGUUCGCUGGAUGAUCAACGAUGAUUGGCCAAUCCGAUUUAAACUCGGUGACGACUGGCCAUGGCACUCGUGGUCGCGCCUGGUCGGCAUCCAACUCGGCUACGGUGUGGACAAGGAAGCGACAACGUCCGGGACUAAUAACAAAAGCAGCUCAAGCGACUUUAUCAGUUCAUCACCGACAUUUUCAACAAGUUUACAACGUGGAUCUAUGCCAUCUUCUCUUAACACUGCUUCUUCGCUUAUGAUGGCUAUUGUUCCAGUAAAAGGCAUUAUCACUGUUACUAAAGCGAAUGAUGAUGAUGAUGAUGAUGAUGAUGAUGAUGAUGAUGAUGAUGAUGAUGAUGAUGAUGAUGAUGACGACGAAGAGGAUGACGUUUACAACGAUGUCGAUGCUACGCAUGUUGAACAACCUCUACAAUGUGGCGAAAAUGUGUACUUCACGGAAGACUGUAGUGAGAAAACGACUACAGCAACCGCUGUUAGUAAUGCAGUCGAUGUAGAAACGAUUCCUGAUUUAAUAAGCGAUCCAACAGCGCUCAUGCUAAAAUUUAUUCUGCUCGCACCGUUGCAUCUCGAUGAAGCAUAUUUUACGUGCAUCGUAAAAGUACUAUACAACUUGUUAUACUAUCAAGUGGUGCUGCAGCUAUGCACGCACCUUACCGAUGAUGAAUGCGAGGAGCUAAUAGCAUGUUAUGGUUCCGGGCCAGAAACGGCAGCCCGCGAGAAAGGUGUCUCACACAUUGGUGUUGCAAUGGCCUUCAUUUUAAAUCAACUCGACCGCUGUAAGUAUAUUCGGAGCGACAGCAUUCUGAUGGCGGAUUCUGCUGCUGCUGCCGCCACCGCCGCCGCUGCCGCAGCUUCGCGGUCUACCUCCCGUAUCGAUCUCGGUAGACUUGAAACACGUUUGCAACACCUUUGCCUGCCAUUUUUGCGUGUUGCCGCUCUUCUACGUCAUCACAUUUACCAUACAGAGUUACCGGUCAUUGCCGGACCGCACCUGGAGUUUGCCCGACUCAUCUACUACCUCGAUUUAGUGACGGUUUCUAUGGACUGGGAUAAUUUUAACGCAAGUAAAGCACUGUGCUUUCUGCCUGGGACUGAGCUUUUGCUACCGAAGAACUGGUGUGAUCAGCUGCGCAAUCUGCGACCGACCUACGAGUCGACUCGCUCUCUUAUCGUUAGCCAGCAUAUCGAAUGGUGCCAGCCAAAGUUGCUCGGUCUGCCGCGUGAAUACGAGCGCCUGUUUACAUAUUAUCACGAGCAGCCUUGUCAAAAGUGCCAGAAUGUGCCGAAAGAAAGCUCCAUCUGUCUACUGUGUGGUACGAUUGUGUGUAUUAAACAGACUUGCUGUAAGGAACAAGAUUGCUGCGAGGCUGUUCGACACUCAAUUAGCUGUGGCGCCGGUACGGGCAUAUUCCUCGUGAUAACUUCUACCUAUAUCAUUAUCAUUCGCGGGCAUCGAGCGUGUCUUUGGGGUUCACUUUAUCUAGAUGACUAUGAUGAGGAAGAUCGUGACCUUAAACGAGGGAAGCCGCUAUAUCUGAGCGAGGAUCGCUUCAAUCUGUUGGAGUCACAGUGGUUGUCGCAUCGCUUCGCCCACACCAAACACAAUUGGGUGUGGCAUCGUGAUUCGUUGUAGACCACUUCUUACGGUCUGAUGUAUUUAAUUUUUUCUCAAUGAUACCUAAAGGCAAAGACUGAUGUGGUUUAGGAAAUACGAUCACGGGCAAAUAUGAUAAGGUCGUAGACGCUUACAAGCUUUCAACAGCACUAACGAUAGUGAACGGAAGAAACUGCGCAAUAGAAUGAUGGGUGAAUAACCGACCCGAGGACACUAGCCUCGUUAAAAACAGUUUCGACAAAUAUAGCACAACGGCAUCCUCAUUCGGUGUGUUGUAGACGCGUGUAGAUUUUGUGGAUAAAGAGUUGAUAUUGACAACUAUCGUCGUACUGUUAUGACCAAGGUGGCUAAAGCUGAUUGAAUAUAAUGGCGAAAGCGUGAAUUGAUUUUAACGAGACUGGUGUACACGGUGCGAUUGUCGAUUCUUUUUACGAUAGUACAGUUGCUCCCGUCCACCGUCUUUAAGUAACAGUAACGCAGGACUAGGUGUUUGGGGUUGGCCAAGCACCGGCAAACGAUCAGUCGGUUUGUCAAAUUAAUUGUGAUAACUAUUACUUGUAUCCAUGAACUUCUUUGAGUUCGUAAAAAAUUGAAGCAAGACCUACUGCAUCACAGUCAUCUCAUAGUUUUGCGCAUUAGAGAACUCUAUAACUCCCGAGCUCGGAUAGUGCGAAUUUUUGUAUUGUUAAGAUUAAGAUUAAAUUGGGUAAACUUAUGAAGGUUUUUUUGAAACAUUGGCAGUGAAACUAUGUUUCGAAAAAAAUUCAAAAAUAAGGAAGAGAGGAAAGAGAAUAGCUGACAGGCUACUGCUGCGCCACGGGGAGACUUCCUCCCUUAACAUACUCUCUUACAACAACAUAAUGUUCAUUCUUCAUUGUUGUUUAAUUUUGGUGUGUGGUAACUAAUGAGAGGUAGUCGAUUGAACGACAUCUAAUUGUAUUUACAUCGUUUGUUUUUUGCUGCGUUUGCCCUAAGUUAUCCAAUACUUUUCAUAUUUAUUAAGCAUUUAAGUUAGCCGUUCAAAAUAAUGGAAUCAAAUUGUAAAGUAAUACUACAGCAUUAGUAACACAGCAUGAAUAUUGUAAUUUAGCGUAACAUGAUCAUCGAUAACAGUCUUAUCCAAAGUGAGAAUAUGUUUGUAUGAAUGAAAAGACUAAUCAACAUAAUAUAGGAAUGAGUUGAAAAUAGAAGAAAACUAAAUCAAAGCUCAAGAACUGUUCUCUAAUUUAGAACAAACUAAAUGACAUACACAUAAUAGAAAAUUAUGUUUACAAUUAAAAAGGUAUUGAGAUAUUAAAGAACUUGCGAAGCAAAGCUUGCGAACCAUAAACGUCUUUACCAUCGCCUUGUCGUUUUUCUUUUUACAAUCCAUCAGUAAACAUGGUUCCAUCGGGGAUAAUGAUGUUCUGUAACGGAUAUACAGUACGUAAUGAACGAUUGAUUGUAUGAAUAUUCUAGUUCGAAAAACCUCCAGCGUUUCGAAUAAGACGGAUUUAAGAACAUCCUCCGGCAGAUUACAAUCAUGCUAUUAAUAUCAUGUAAAAAUCAUGUAAUCAUGUAAAUACUUAAUAACUGAAGGAUGAAUCUGUUUUUUUAUUUUAGAUUUUUUAGUUUGAACGGAGUGCGCCGUAUUUAUGAUGAAUAUGUUACUAUUAUUGUUAUUUAAAAUAUAUAAGAUUUUUGUAUGCGAAUAGCGUAUUUUCCGUUUGUUGGAUAGUCAUUAUUUGACGAUAUCAAUGCAAGUUUGAACCUGAAUACUGACAGUUCAUUAACUUCGAUGCCUUUUUUUUAAUGACCCUAUUUCCCUAUGAUUGAUUCGACUCGUAUAAUUUGUGACAAAUGGGGACAGGUACGGACAAAUGGAGACAGGUAGCGGUCAAAUAACCACAAUUCAAAUGCUUGCCUGAAUUGCAAUUUGUGUCUUAGAAGAACUUGUUUUAGUCAAUAACCCGAAACAGCCGAACGUGGUACACUUUAUAGGUAUUUGGACUUUGAAUCAAUUCAUGCGGUUUUACAAUAGAUGGCAUUACUCAUUAAAUAUUACAUUUAUUUAUCUAUAUAUAUAAAAAUGGUUGUUUGUCACCUGUCUGUCUGUACCGCACUUUCUCCAAAACUACUGAACCAAGCGUGAAAUUUUGCACAGCGUAGUUUUGUGACCCCGGAUUGUGAAUAGGAAAGUUUGACUCUUCCACACUUCUGGGGAGGGGGCGCUCCCAUACAAACGUAACGUAACGUCCAAACGUUUUCGAGCAAAUCGAACCAAAUUCGGCAGAUGGGAGUUUUGGGGAAGGGGAAAUGUUCUGGUGAAUGUUUGAUACCCGUCCCCUCUUUACAAAGGGAGACUCCCAUACAAAAUCUGGGUUAAUGUCAGCAAAGCUCUGAUAAUUUUCAAGCAAUUUGAGCCAAAGUCAGGUGGUUCGAGUUUUGACAUGUAUCCAACGGGAAGCGAAAAGGGA